UUUAGUAGGGUUUUAAUAAGCAUAUUCUAGGGUUUUUGCCUCUGUUUUUUUUCCUUUUUCUUUUUCUUUUGGGGAUUUAUUUUCCUAUUCUUCUACCCUUUCGGUAUUUUAACUCUCAUGCCUCUCUCCGGCUGCCGCCCCCCUCUCCGACGGCCGAGGCCUUCACCAGAGUGAUGGCGUCGCCCUCCGAAUCCGAGACAAGCGUCGCCCUCUUCCUCCGCAAGACUCUUCGCGCCGUGCUCUCUUCCCGCAUACCCCGCCUCCGGCCCGGCCCCCGCCCUUCCGCCGACCGACGCUUUCUCCUCGACCUAGGCGACCUCCCCGCCCCGAUCGAGCACCAUGGAACCUUCUCGGACCCCUUGGUCGUUGACAUCCUCCUCACCCCGCGCGGGGAGGACGCCGAGGCCGGCGCCUGCGAGAGCGUCGUCGAGCGCUGGACCGCGCAGUGCGUGCCCUGGAACGCCGCCGUCCCGCACCAAAGUCGAUAUAGCUCGUUCCAACCCUGGACCUAUAGCGGUUCGGUGAUUCUGCUUAGAUCCAUCAUCGCGCUUCUGCGGCUCCUCCCUGCUCAUCGGAUCUUCCGCCUUUUGUGCUCCGUCGGCCAGCGUUGCAACUACGAUCUCGGAUAUCGAGUCUCCUCCUUUGCGGCACCAAUUUCCAGGGCGGAAGAGGCGAACUUGAAGAAGUAUGGCUUCGCACCGGUCGACACCCUCGCCGGCCAGCUGACCGUUGCGGUGCAGUACCGACCUAGCCUCUCUGGUUUCGGCCUCGUGAACUCCUCCCAUACGCCGCCGAUGAUCAUAUCCGAUUAUAUCGGCAGUCCGGCCGCCGAUCCCAUUAGGCCUUUCCCUGCUACGCUGCCUGAUUGGGCGUCUCUCCCCAAUACGUCCCAGCAUUCAUCGAGGGUCAUCCGGCCAUUGGCGGCGGUGACUCCAUGCGAUCGCCCACAUACCUGGAACACUGCGCCGAUGGCACAUCACCCUCUCAAUCCCACGCAGGAUCGGAUUGGUGAAGUAGGACCGUCGCCGUCCGAGCAUUACUUCCGCCCGGUGCCGAACCGGCGGCAGCUAAGCGAUAUGAAGGGAAAUUUCAAUUUUGAUGAUGUUCGUGUCUCCCUGCCGUCUUCUUCGCCUCCAACACUAGGUGGCCAUUGCCUACAAUCCAGAUUGCACAUGGAAACAACACCGAGGAGCAUACCUUCAGAUACUGUCAAGAACCUUUUGCCACCUCUAUCUCCUAGAAGCGCAAGGCCUGAAUCUUCGAGCCAGGAGUCUCCUUCGAAAAGUACUUCUUUGAGGAAGUCAGAAGGGAAGAGUGCAAGAGAUAUCUACUCAAACUUGCAUAUGCACGCCGCAAAUAAGGGUCUUAAGGAUGGUCGGGGUGAUUCGGGAAGAUAUUCAACUUUGCCUUAUGGUGGUUCAAAUAGGCAUGGGUUUUCAAGAAGCUCAAGACGAUUCUCAAUGCAGGAUUAUCCUGACGAUACUGAUUUCUCUUGCCCAUUUGCUGUAAAUGAUGAUGCCACAUCAGAUUCUCAUACAAGGAGCUCUGAUGUGAAGGAAGCAGAGUGUUCUUCGUCGCAUAAAUCACAGCAGGCGUCUGUUGGAGUUCUUGUCCGCAUGUUAAAGACCGCACCUCCACUUCGCCAGGAUCAGAGUUAUGCGCGGCAAUCUUCGCAUUUAGCUGGAGAAGUUAGUUCGAGCAGUUCUGUCUUAACUAGGAAAACAUCUGAUGCACUGGAGGAACUCCAAAGCUACAAGCACAUAAAGAACUCUCUUCUUUCAAAGAGCGGGGCUACGACGAAGUUACAAGACUCUCUCGUAGAGAAGUGCUAAUUUAUACGAAGAUAGGUAGGCGCGAAAGUCAGUGAUAUCAGAGCUGCCCCUAGGAGUCGUUCUUAUGCAUAUAGUGGUUCAUUUCUAGGGAACUUGAAACUUCAACCAAUUGUUUCAAACUCUCUACUUUUCAGAGUGUUCCGGCAAGCGAAUCUUUCUCAUGUAAAUAAAUACUUAGUCAUAGCAAACUCUAGGGUUCUUUAUUUUUAUGUCAAAUUUCUUUCUUGUGAAAAAUGAAUGAAAAUGGAAGAAAGAGGACGCGAGUAGAGUCCCUCGU